AUGGAUGUGAAUUUGGUCACUGUUCUGGCUGUUCUGGCAGUUGCGGUUAGUCAGACGUCUGAAACUUUGUUUCCUGGGGCCUUUAACUGUUGCACGAAAAUUUCAGAUGAAAUUCCCAAAGGGAUUCUCCGAAGAGUGGAGAGGUUUGAAAUCCAGAAAGCUGAUGGCCUGUGUCACCUAGAAGCUGUUAUUCUCUACAUAGAAGGCAGAAAGUUUUGUGUGAGCCCACGGAUUAGAAAAGUUAAAAAAUGGAUGAAGAAGAAUAAGCACAGGAUUCCCAGAAAGAAACCCCAUGGUAGCAAGCAGAGAAGAAUCAGAAUUAUUAAAAGAAAAGGAAAGAAACAGUAA